CAGUGUUUUGUUUUAAAUUGAAUAAUGCAAUUCUAUGGACACACUGUUCUGUAAUUUUACAUGUAAAAACCUAGUUACAGUAGUUAUACAGUGUUUUGUUUUAAAUUGAAUAACAAUUAUAUGGACACACUGUCUUGUUAGAAAGUUUCCAUUCCAGAAUUAACUGAGAAUUUCAGAACACCAUCAACAUACAGAGAUCUCUCAUAUCUGGUCAUUUACCACAAACCGGCUGAAGUGAAUACACCAAAGCAAACAAACCUACAAGCGAGAGAAAGAGCAUGACGAUGAACGAGAAGAUGAUGGCUAGACAACACCUCCUUGAUGAAAUGGAGAGAGUGAAAAGCCAAGUGAAACUGACCCCGGAGGAGAGAAGAAAAGAGGUCAGAAGACAAAUGUAUGUUGCCCUUAAAGCAAUGGAGAUGGAGCGCAGACAAAGAGUCGCUCUGGAGGAUAUGGAGAAGUGCAAAAGGGACAGAGAGGAGAGAGAAAGAGUGGCAGAAAGUCUGAGGAGAAAGAGAGAAAAAGUUGAGGAGGAGAGGAUGAGGCAGGAGGUCCUAAAGAAACAAAAACAAGAGCAACUGAAGAAAGAGAAGCUUCAGUGGGAAAGUGUGAUGAUGGUGGAGGAGGAUGUCAAAAGGCCCAGGUAUACUGGAAGUGCUCUGAAAAAAGAGCCAGAGAGGAAAGGAGAAGAGCUCUGCCAUGUGCCAACGGUGGGAGACAAAGCCCAGCCAGAGAGCCUGACCUCUGACCUCAAGUCAGCUGAGCUGAAAAAGGAAACUCUGUACAACAACUGGGUUGGAGAAGAAAAGGUCCAGCCAAACAGCUCUGUCUAUCGACUCUUUGCUGCAAAACCAGGCCCCAAACCUGAAGAAAGACCUAAAACAGCCACAUCCAAUGGGACCCUGCAGUGGAUGCAGGACAGACUGAAAGUUGGACACUGGGUUGAUAAAUACCGUGACCACAGAGAGAAGAAGAGUGAGAAACGCAAGGUCAAAGUAGAGGAGCAGUACACAAGGUGGACCAGCUACAAGAGCAGCCAGAUGAGCCACUUCUCCCAGCUGAAUGACUGCUACACUGGAGGAUUCGCUACAAGCAGAAAUAGCAUCCUGAAAUCCACUUAUUAAUUUUGUCAAUAUUAUUGUAUAUACUUACUUUACUUCUUUGUUUUUGUGAUGUGUUAAGCCUUAGUAAAACUGUGUUUAAGUCAAAACAUUGAGUUGAACUGAUUUCUUCCUUACAUAAGUAGUGGUUUGAAUGUGAUUCACUACAAUUUAUUGAAUGGUUAUUCAUGUCACACAUUUUGGCAGUGGUGGAAGAAGUAUUCAGGUCCAUUCCUUAAGUAAAAGUACUAAUACUA